CAUGGGGGAAGUACUCUUAUAGGAGGCUAUUGCAUUCUUGUAAGAAGGACAUGGUGAAGCAAAAGGCCAACUAUGACGCCAAGAAGGAUGCCAAGGUGCAGCAAGAGUCCAAAUACAGUAUGUAUGGUUAUGCCCCCGCCUUACAGUACUGGGCAUAUGAGGCUAUCCAACAGCUUGCGGUGGAGCUUGUUGUGAGCUCGGGAAACAUGUUCCCGAGGAUGCUUAGCUGGUCGCAUCGGAAGAACAAGGAUUUCACCAAGUCCGUCAUCGCACCGAUAUUAUUGAAGAAGAAUUUAAUUGUUCUUCCGAUGUUGAAGCCUCGGCCAGCAGAAAAAGACUAUUACUUGUCUUUGACUGAGGGAGAUCUUCCCCUUUAUCCUGGGCUUGGCCAGGAUCCCUCGGAGACUGAUGAGGAGGAGGAUGCGACUUUUGAGAAAAUGGCAGAGAAAGUUUCUCAGGCUGCCGAGGCAGCCAAGAUAUUUGUUGAUGCUGCCCCGGGGGAGGAGGUUGCAGGUCCCACCCCUCCUAUUCCCCCAGCCUCAGCCCCAGCCUCAACCUGUGCCCCAACAUCAGCCCCAGCCUCAGCCCCAGCAUCAACAUGUGCCCCAACAUCAGCCCCAGUUUUAUGGAGAUUUUGUGAGAAUUAG